CCAGCGCAUGCGCGGAGCGCGUCUCCUUGGCGCUGCGCGGAGGGCGAGCGCAGGCCUCAAGGAGGGAGAAGGGGGCAGCGGCGAUUGCCGCUUCUACCGGUGCCAUGUUCCUGUGCGCUCCCCUGCGGGCCGCCGCCGCGUGUUCGAUAAAGCAAAUCCGAUACUUACAUAGAACAGCAGUGCGCAGUGCCAGUGGAGGAGCCUUAUUUGUGCACAGAGAUACUCCUGAGAAUAAUCCAGAUACUCCAUUUGAGUUCACACCUGAAAACCAAAAGAGAAUAGAAGCAAUCAUAAACAACUACCCGGGGGGACACAAGUCUGCAGCUGUCAUGGCAGUACUAGAUCUGGCCCAAAGACAGCAUGGAUGGUUGCCCAUAUCAGCUAUGAACAAGGUUGCUGAAAUUUUAGAAAUGCCUCCCAUGAGAGUGUAUGAAGUAGCAACCUUCUAUACAAUGUACAAUCGCAAACCAGUUGGGAAAUACCACAUUCAAGUCUGCACUACCACACCUUGCAUGCUGCGAGACUCUGAUAGUAUUUUAGAAGCCAUUAAGAAGAAGCUUGGUAUAAAAGUUGGGGAAACAACACCUGAUAAACUCUUCACACUGAUAGAAGUGGAAUGCUUAGGUGCUUGUGUAAAUGCACCAAUGGUACAAAUAAAUGACAAUUACUAUGAAGAUUUGACACCCAAAGAUAUUGAAGACAUAAUUGAUGAGCUAAAGGCUGGCAAAGUUCCCAAACCUGGCCCAAGGAGUGGCCGUUUUUCUUGUGAGCCAGCUGGUGGCCUUACUUCUCUGACUGAACCACCCAAAGGACCAGGUUUCGGAGUUCGAGCUGACCUCUAAAGAUUUUUGUAAUAUAAGAUGUACUGUCCAAAAAUAAUAAAGUCACUUUAAUAUCAGUAAA